AUAAGUAUGUUAAGUCGGUCCCAAGUUCGCGUGGCUACCGUUAAACACAUAUUUUUUAAGCACUUCAAAUGAAAGUUGAAAGGUGAUUCUAGCCAUUUUGUACCCAGCUGUACCGAAGCGACCACUGCUGUGUUGGCGUGUACGAGAACCUCUGGAACAAAGAUGUUGUCAACCAUUAUGUUGUGUUCUUGUCUGCUUCUGAGUAAGUCUGUUUGUGACAAGCCGAGACAACAAUUUAAUCAUUAUAAGCUAAGAAUUUGUCUCUUAUAACAUAACAUGACACUCAUUCUAUUUUGAAUUAUAACAAAUUAAAUAAGUGGGGGAAAAAACUAGGCUUACGAGACAGGAAGCCCCAUAUUGAACAUUAAAAUUGUGUCUUUAUGUUAUUUUUUCAUAUUUUCAUAAAAGUCGGUUUUGGUGUGCGUUUGGUGGCAGGGGGGAUAAAACUCUAAAUCUCUCUGUUAAGAGAUUGUAAAGCUUUCCUAUAUUAUUAGGGUUUAUAAAUAAACACAUUCAAAAAGUAUAAAGGUGAAUUUCAUUUAUUCAUAUUUAUCCUAGAUAAAAUAUCAUCAUCAUAAAGCAGCGGUUCUAGAACGACCCUUACACAGUGGUCGCUUAAGACCAUCGGAAAACACAUAUUUAUGAAGUAGCAACGAGAAUAAUUGUUUGUUUCGGGAUCACCACAACACGAGGAACUGUAUUAAAGGGUCGCGGCAUUAGCUAGGUUGAGAGCCACUGUCAUAAAGUCAUAAAGGCCUAGUUUAAGAUAGGAUUGACAAAUAAAACUCUAACUCUAACUCUAACUAAACGCAUACCAAAGUUGCCUCUAAGGUUUGUUGGUUCGUGUGCAAAAUCAUACAGUUGUAUGCAAAGUUUUACAGCAUUCAAUUUUUUUGUGUGCAAAAUUUUACAGCCCACAAACACAAACACACACUUACUUGGAAAUUUGCUGCGCGGAUACUCAAAACUGCUGCGCGGCGUCUGUGAGAUUGCUGCGCAGCCGUGCAGUCACGCAGCUUAAAGGCACCGUUGACACAUACAUAGUAUAAAUAUCUACAAACCCUUUACUUAGUAAUUUUUUUUUUAAAGCCUGAAUUAUUUUUUUAAAGCGUGAUAAUAAUUUUUUUUUUUAUGGUAAAAUGAGAUCUUUAAUUAUUCAUUUAAUCAUACACAAAUAAACGAAUGUUUACAAUUUUUUUAUAGGAUGUUUUAAACGUGACUUAAAUUUGAUCAAGCACAUAUUUUCUUCAGAAAUUAUAAGUCAUACCUCGUUGUUUUAUGAUGAAUCUUAAGGUGUGCAGGGAUAUGUGAAUUACGCAGAGCCCGACCCGACGUCUUACCAGGGUGUGUGCAGAGAGGACGAAAGGCAUGAGUUUGUGUCCGUUGAGAAUGUCACCCGCCUCCUCUCAGUGUGUCGCAAAGCAAACGCCACGAGAAUCGUAUUCCCGCAGACGGACCUGUGCAGCUACAACAGCAAGAAGAAGCUGUUUUUUGGAGAGAUCGAAUCCCGUACCAAGAUGGUAAUACUGAAGUGGGCGUGCCCGGUCCCAGUUCUACCGAAGCAGGCUACGGUUUUAGGUGAGCGAUUCCAUGGGUACGAUUUUGAACAAAAUUGUCUUUGUACAACGUUUCAUAUCGUGAAGAACUGGUUUUAUGCACACACACACACAAAUUAAUGCUUAAAAUUCUCCUUUAUUGAAAAUUUGAUUUUUUUUUUAAACACGGUCUUUAAAAAUAAUAGGAUGUAGUGUAAUUCCUACUAUUAAAUUAAAGCAUCUUUGUUUGUAAAUUAAUUUAUUAAAAUAAUUACAGGUGAUUGCUUUCAGUUCAUAAACUUUAUAGUAUCAUUAUUUUAUAAAUAUAAUAUUCUUCUUCUCUCUACCUGUUAAACUACCUUUUCUUUUACCAUCCAUUAUCAAAUACAACUUUCUGCUUGAUUUUUAUUUGAUUGGGUCUUUACCAAAGGGGACUAAAGAGGAUCAUCAUCAUUUGAUAUUUCUUAAUAUAUUUUGGAGAGCAUAAAAUGAUAAUUGCAGAGUGAAAAAUCAAAUUUUCAAUGAAAUCAGUGUAAAAACAACAACACAGCUUUUAGUAAGAUAAUUUUUACAAGCGUGUGAAAACAUUUGAAAAGUAAAUGAAAGUUUCAGAUGGAAAACAAUAAAAAUAGAUUUGUUAGACAAUUCAUGGACCCUUAUUUUACAGGUUCUGAAGAGUUACCCGAUGCAGAUGGCUGCCAAUCACUGACUUUGGGCUUGGACAAGUGCCCUUUACUUAAACUGAGUUUCACGGUGAUACAGUCCAGUAAUUUGGUGAGAUGUCUACCUGCCAAUAAUGAUACGGUAAGAGUCAGUUGUGUUCUUUGUGUUUUUUGAUGAGUGACAUCCAUAGGAAAAUUUUAAUCUUUUAUACAUAUAUUUUUUUAAAAAAAUGUAUGAGGGUAUCUGGUCAAACUUGCAAACACACUAGUCUCAAGUGCCAACACAUCUGUCUCAGGUGCAAACACACCAGUCUCAAGUGCCAACACAUCUGUCUCAGGUGCAAACCCACCAGUCUCAAGUGCCAACACAUCUGUCUCAGGUGCAAACCCACCAGUCUAAAAUUCUAAUGCAAACAUUAAAGUAUGAGCUCAUGGAUAAAUUUUGUUGAUCUUUUUUCAUAACUAAUGUUGUCUCAUCCUUUUAUCAAUAUUUUGUUUUUGAUCAGUACGAUUUAGAAACUAUUUUCAUAUUACGAAAUCAACAACAAUAACAAUCCUCUUUGUUUUUGGCCUUCAAUCAAAUUUUCUCUUUAGACGAGUUCGGUUGUAUUUAAAUCCAAGUCAUCUGUUUUCUGUAAAUAUCGUUCCACUACACUGAGUUUAAAUCAGAGGUUCUCAACCUUUUUGGAGGUACCGAACCCCACCAGUUUCAUGUGCGCAUUCACCGAACCCUUCUUAAUAGGAAAAAUAAGAUAUGAUUUUUUUUUCCUGAUUUUUUUGGACUAACUAACCGAAUCCCCUGGACGAUCGAACCCAGGUUAAUAACCACUGCUUUAAAUCUUUCAUUUUAAGAGGUAGUUGAGAACAAGGGAACCCCCUCUAUUCUUUAAUCCGCAAUUGCUCAUUAACAGUACUGUUUGCUAUGAACAUUAUUAUGAAAUUUUCAACUACUCAAAACUUUAUUAUUCCUUCUAACAUUGUGCAGUAUGUCACUCCUGGGGGAUGUGAUCACAUCUCUGGAUCUGGGCGAGAAGCUAUCUUCACUUGUCGAUGCACAAUAGCCAUCCCCGGAGAAUUAAAUAAAGUACAAGCAACAUAAGUGCUGGACGAAAAGGGAAAUAAAUCUUCAGUGAAUCAAAAUAAAUUUGGAACAUGAUGAUCAAAUCAUUUUUGUAAUUCCUAUUUUUUUAAUAUAACACCAGGCAUUUCCCAAUAACUGUCUCAUGAUUAGCAUGUAUUUGUGCAAUUAGUUGCAUCAGCCCUUCAUAAACAAUGAAUGAUUACCUCAAGGAAAAUGCACUUUAAAUAUUUAAAAAGCCAUAAAUGCUGAUACUUAAAGUUCAGGUUUUCAUAUUUUAAUUUAAAAUGAAUUUUUUUUUAUGUGGGUUAUGUGAUCUAAAUUAUUUUGUUAAAAUUCAGAAAUAUAGAGAUUGAAAAUUAAAUAUCUAAUUAAUUUAUAGAUUCACAUAUUUUUAAAAGUUUAAAAUUUUUUAUUUUUUUUUAAAUUAAGACAAUUCUUCUUUGGAGAUUUAAAAAAAAAUUGAGAUAGUAAGAUGACUUGAACAUUAUAAACAAUAAAACUUUGUAGUCUGUAAGAAAGUAAGUAAUGUAAAUUCUUUUAAAUUUAAAUAUGAAGUCUUCAUUAAAUCAAAGAAUUUAUCUUCAACAAAUUGAAUUAUUCCCUAACGCAGACUAGCUAUACUCCCAAAAAAUACUAUAAAAUAGAUAACAUUGAUUAAAACUGGUUAUAAAAUUACUAAUUCAUACAAUUAAUUGGUGUCCUAUUAUUGCAGCAUAGUUUUUUUUUAAUUUCUUAACAUUGGGGAUACAAAUAUUCAAUGUAUUCAAUUGUAUUCCACCCUCAGGUCUCCCUUCCUAGAACUCUUUUUUGUUUGUUUGGUCAAGAUUAAAACACGGUUUGUAAAUAAAGAAAACUUAGAAAUGAGAAACAGAGUGUUAAAACUUUAAUGAAUGAUUAUUUUUAGACUUUCUAAACUGAAGAAGAAAAAAAUAUAAUUAAAAUGAGUUGAACUUUUUUUUAUGUAGUCAAAUUUUUUUUGAAAAAGUAUUGCUGAUAUAGAAUGGUUAAAAGACCUUUAAAAAUGUUAUGUUUAAAAUUAAAGUUAUGGAAAAACAAAGUAGGUCUAUAAUUUAUUUUGAACACAUUUUUAAAAAUUUGUUAUAAAAAUGUAUAUACCUUCCAUAUGUUAACUGUGAUAAUAAUAUAUUUGUGUUAUGCUUAACACUCCAUUUAUAUAUAAAUCUGUCUCCAUGCCAGCUGUGAUAUUUUUACCUAAUGGCCUUAAGUAUUUAUUAUUUUAUGAUAUGGUUUAUGACUGUUAUAAAUUGAAGUGGUAAUGUUAUAUAAAGUCAAUAAUAGAACAUUGAUUGUCUAUAAUAGAUUUUGGAUUUAAAGUAGAAAGAUAAGAUUUAACUUUGUGGUUAACAAAACAAACAAAAAACUUAAGGAAUUAAAAUAAUAAAAUAAAUCAAUGACAUACUAAACACUUACAUCUUAGUUAGUGAAACAAAUAAUAUGACAUGCCUACAUAUCAUUAUGAUUCAAUCAUGUAAAUAUUUAUAGAGGCUACAGUCUGCCUAUUUUAUUUUCAUUUUAUCUUUAUAUAAUAUUUUAAUAUUUUUUAUUUUCUUUAUUUGAUAGCAUUGUGUUUAGUAAUUAAAAAUGUUUAGAAUAAAAAACAUUAUAAUAUUUUUGGUUUAAUAAAUUUUAUUGUCCGACCUGCUGCUCACGAGUAGCUCUAAAUUAACUUAUUAAAAGGAAUUAAUAUCAAGAAAUCUAAAUACACAAUUUGAGCAGCCAGUAUGGUAAAGUUUUGAUAAAACAGACAAGUAGCCUAUACUUUAAACUUUUCAGCUAUUAACAUUCACCAAUCAACUCUAGGUAGGGCUACAAAUCUAUGACGAAAUAUAAAAACAUGUUAAAAAAAGCACAAUUUUAUUUUUUAAAUUUUAUAUAUAGAUUUUUUUAUACUUGAGCAUUGAUUUUAAAAAAUGACGAAAUCAAUAAAAGUGAUUGAUCAUAAAAUA